AUGGCCUUCAUACCACAACCCUAUGGACCAGAUGGCGAGUCAAUGGUGGCGGAGAUACCAUGGACUCUGCCCUCUGCGAUCUACUCUGGCUCGUUGGAUGGAUCAGACUUCGAAGUCUUCCCUGAGCAAUCUAGUUGGCUGCCACGCAGUGGGGAGGAGUGGAAAUCUCUAAUUUCCAAAACAGAUCAACAUUUUGCUGCUUUCUUGCAAAUAUGGCUUCUGUCAGGACUUCUUAAUUUUAUCUUCCAGAGACCAAUCAAUAUAGCAGACUUAAUACCCGAAGAACACGAGGCUCGUGGCAAGGGAAAGAUUCCUGCCGAUCAAGUACUGACACCAGAAAUGCUGAUACCACUGGUUGAGCAGCUCAACGCCCUGCCUGGCUCCCACGAAGAGGUCCUUAGGCGUAGACGGUGCUGGUGGAAAGUGAAGCGCAUCCACUCGAAACUAGACACAAACGGCGAGGGAGGCUACAUCCGGUACCUAAGUGACGAAGAGCGCGCCUUCCAAUACACCCUCGAAAGCUGGAUUACUGAAUUCGAUUUCCACGAUCCACGUCCAAAUUUCGAUCGUGUCCUCCUCGACAUACUUCUGGUGUUCUUUGAGUCCGUUCUUUGGCAGAAGCGGGCGAGCGACAGCACGCCAACACCCAGCGGAUCGUUCUCAGAGAUCACAAAAUUGAAGCCAAUCGCUACCAAUCAAAGAUCUUUCGAGUUUUUGGUUAACAUCACGGGGCAGUUUCCCUCUACGGUUUAUCGCUUGUAUUCGAGGUUGGAAUCUCCAGCAUACUUCUACUUCAUCAACAUGCGGGCCUGGCAGGGCAAGAACGUCGAGCAUAGGACUUGUCCCAUACGCCAAUGCAAACUGACAAGCAUCGAAGAGGGUCACUACCACCGUCGACAUUUCGACUGUUGUUGCGGAGAGAUCUGCGAAGAUCUUGUAGCUAGCCAGUCAGACCUUCUUGCCAUCCUUCAUGACGGGGGACUUCCAUUGAUCAGGCUCUGCGACGAAAAAGAGAAAACUCAAAUAGUCUACACGUCAUCAACGGAGAAAUAG